AUGUCUCUGAAAGGUCAAAAUGUCCUCAUCACAGGCGCAUCCAUGGGAAUUGGAGCUGCCAUUGCCAGACGCCUUGCAAAACAGAAGGCUAAUUUGAUUCUUCUUGCCAGAAAUGAGAAGAAGUUGCAAGAGCUCGCACGAGAGCUGCAGGUGGAUUCGGGCAGACUCGUGUAUUGCACAGCCGACAUCUCACGCUAUGAUCAAGUUGAAGAUGCAGUACGCAAAGCUGUCAAAGAGAUUGGUGACAUUGACAUACUGGUCAACAAUGCCGGGCUUGCACUUGGUGCUCCCAAUCGGUUUCCCGACCUCAAGGUCGAGGACAUUGUGCAGAUGUCGCGCACGAACAUCGAUGGCUACAUGUUUGCGGCGUAUGCGGCCCUCAACGUGGGCGGUAUGAAGAAUAGGAAGAGGGGCAUCAUUUUGAAUGUCACGUCUGUGACGGGGCUCGAAGUUCCUCCUUUCCCAGGUGAGGCGGUCUAUCAUGCGAGCAAAGCUGCGCAGGAAGCAUUUACGGACAGUCUGAGAGUGGAGCUCAGCGAGACGAAUAUCAAAGUCUUGGCUCUACGUCCGGGCAUUGUGGCAACGCACUUCCAUCAGCAAAGAGUCGGCUUUGACAAGAAGCAGUACGAUGAAUUCAUGGAAGGAAUGGAGCCUCUGCUGGCGGACGAUGUCGCUGACUCUGCGGCUUUCAUGCUCAAUCAGCAUGAGCGUGUGAGCAUUACCAACAUUUCGGUGGUACCAACUGCGCAGAGGACGUUGCAGGUCAUCGAUCGGACGUGGAACAGAAGGAACCAAGUCGGUGGUGCUAGCGCUCAGAGAGGAGGCCAGCAAGGCUCACAGGGGCAGCAAGGAUCUAACAGUCAAGGGGGUGAGUCUGGCCGUGGAGCGAAUGGAGUUAGGCACUGA